AUGUCACCAAUAACACGUAGUCGAACUAGUCUUCUCCGUACUAGCAAUCCCAAUUUUCCUACCCACUUGGACUUGGAAGAAGCAUAUGACCAGUCUGUUCCUCGUAUUCAACAAGACGCCAAACAAUAUCUCGAAAUAAUUCUCGAUUCAUAUGAAGUUCGUGAACUAUACAACCCAAUUUCUGAAGAAUAUUGGUUUGUUAACAAUUCCGAGGCAUUAAAUAUGGUAGUUUAUUAUAAAAUGAAAAAAUGUUUGUUUAUUAAAUAUAAACAACGUUUUAUCAAUGCUGGUCUUGAAUUGGAAUUUAUGAAAAAUGGUGGUAGUGGAAUUGGUUGCAAUAAGAUCGGCUGCAGAAAUAUUCAUUGUGAUGCUUCCAAAUAUCAUUCCGGUGACGAUGAUAACGUUAUUUGUCCAAAUUCUUUAAUGUAUUUUGAUAGUGAUUCUUAUUAUCCUGAAUUGGAUUUUUCUUCGGAAUCUUCAACUCCUUAUUUAAGUAGAGGAAUUUCUAUGAGUCGUACUUCUUCAGCUUUAUCUAUGAUUUUCCCCCAUUUCAUUCCCGAGAAGUUAUCUUUUAAAACUGAUGAUUCUUCAAGUACAAUUUUGGGUGACUACGUUAACGUAUCUUUUAAAACCGAUGAUUCUUCAAUCACCGAUAAUCUUGUUAAUGAUGUUCAAUCCACCGAGAUUCAUAUCAAUCCACACCUUCAUCAUUCACAUAGAUCUUUUCAUGAUUACUUUUGUUGGUUUAUGGAUUUAUCUCGUCUAGAAAAAUUUUGUUAUAUCUGUGUCUGGUUAUUUUUAAUUUUAGUUUUUUGGGGAUACUUAUUCGGUAGUUUUAGCGACCAUAUCAAUGGAAAUUUUGGUACCGGUGUUACUAAAGAAAUUGAUGGUGCUGUGAGAGCUCAAGUUCAAGAAUUUGUUGAAAAAGAAAUGUUUAAGAUUUCAGAUACCACUGAAAAAAAUGAUGAUGAUGAUUCCGAUGGUUUGGCUGGUUUGGUUAGGAAACAAUUAAAUGAGCUCGAAAAAAUGAUGGACGGUACAAGCGCUGACUAUGCACUUUACACGGGUGGUGCGCGGAUCAUUCCUCACUUAACAACACGUGACUACGAAGCAUGGCCCACUAAAUCUUAUCAAAUACUAUGGGGCCUUCUCACUCGCAAAAACGUUAUAAAAAGUAAUAAGGCUUCAAUUGUUAUAACUCCAACCGUUAACGUCGGUGAAUGUUGGUGUUUUAAUGGAACUAAAGGUCAAAUAGCUAUUCGUCUUUCCCGGAGCAUUGUGGUAACGCAUAUAACCUACCACCAUAUUGGCCGUCAAGUUUCUAUUGAUCCAAUCUCUUCGGCUCCAAAGGACUUUGAAUUAUGGGGUCAAGAAGUUUUGGUUAUUGGAGAAAUUUUAUACGCAAAGAAAUUUUAUGAAGAAUUAAAAGAAAGAUAUAACAUUAAGGUGUUUGAUUCUACGAGAAGAGAAUUCCUCGUUGAAGCUACAGCGAAAUAUGAAAACGUGUUCAUAGACAAAUUUGAUACUGAAGUUCUCGAUUCACUUUCACCUGCUGUAAAUGUAAUAAUUGUAAUUGGUGAUUCUUCUAAACUUGUUGAUGUUAAAGCUGCAACUGAAAAUGGUGUAUUUUUAGCGGAUACGGUUACUUCUCUUAGUUCGACUAAAGAGGAAUUAGAGCUUGAAGCAUUAAACAAUCUUGAUUUUGCAUUAAUCACGGGUGUACCUAGAGAUCCGGUAAACAAAAUUGAUGAAGUAGCAGAAAUUGCUGCUGGUAAAACUGUUGAAUAUAUUAAUGCAAGUGGCGAAGUAGUUGAUUUAGAUAUUUCAGAUAUUCAAAUUACAUUGUGA